CCGCGGGGGGUCCCAUUCCACGGGUGCGCCGUUCCCCCCGCUCUGCCAAUGGCGGGGCCCGCUCUGCCCGAGCCCAAGAUGGCGCCGGUGCCCCCCUGAAGCCGCUCCGGGCGGCGCCGCCCGCGGCCGCCAUGGCGGCGGGCGGGGGGGGCCCGUAGGGGCCAUGGGCAACGCGGAGGGUCGGGCCCCGCGGCGGGGGGAGCCCCGCGGCACCCCCGGCAGCUUCGAUGAGCUCCACAGACUCUGCAAAGAGGUGUUCCCGCCGCAGAUGGAGGGGGUGAAGCUGAUCGUCACCAAGACCCUGAGCAGCCACUUCCAGGUGACACACACGGUGCACAUGAGCACCCUGGGCCCCUCCGGGUACCGCUUCAAUGCCACCUUCGUGGGGGACCGGCAGCUCAGCCCCACCGAGGUGUUCCCCACCCUGGUGGGGGACAUGGACAGCGCCGGCAGCCUCAACGCGCAGGCCCUUCAUCUGCUGGGGGAGCGGCUGCGCCUCAAAGCCGUGUUCCAGACCCACCAGGCCAAGUUUGUGACGUGGCAGUUCGACGGCGAGUACCGCGGCGACGACUGCACGGCCACGCUCACGCUGGGCAACCCCGACGUGCUGGGCGGCUCCGUGAUCGUGGUGGCCCAUUUCCUGCAGAGCGUCACGGCCCGCCUGGUGCUGGGCGGGGAGCUCGUGUACCACCGGCGCCCCGGCGAGGAGGGGGCCAUCCUCACGCUGGCGGGCAAGUACACGGCCCCCAAGUGGGUGACGACGCUGAACGUGGGCUACGGGGGGGCCCACGCCAGCUACUACCACCGGGCCAACGAGCAGGUGCAGGUGGGGGUGGAGCUGGAGGCCAACACGAGGCUGCAGGAGACAACCUUCGCCUUCGGGUACCAGCUCAACCUGCCCCGCGCCAACGUCGUCUUCAGAGGGCUCCUGGACAGCAAUUGGAGCGUGGGGGGGGUGCUGGAGAAGAAGUUGCCCCCCCUGCCCGUCACCCUGGCCCUGGGCGCCUUCCUGAACCACUGGAGGAACCGAUUCCACUGCGGCUUCAGCGUCACCGUGGGCUGAGGCCACGGGGGGCACGGGGGGCACGGGGGGCACGGGGCACUGUCCUGCUCAGGGAGGCUCCAGGCCUGGCCCCGGGGGGGCUGCAGGGACACCCCGGCCUGGGGAC